AUGGGAUGCCUCAAGUUCAAGCGAUCAAGCCCGACCACGCGUAUUGGUUACGUCCUGCUAAUUGCUGCAGCCACUCUCGCCGCAAGCUGCAACGGUCUUGCUGCUGAGCCCUCGACCUCGACGCAGCUGGCCUCGUCGGACUUGACACAGGCGACUGGUGUAGGCAAGCGGUUUCUGCGAAGCUACAAGGCGGACGAGAAGGAGGAAGAAGAUGAAGAGGACGGGCAAGAAGACGAGAGCGAAGAAGAGGAGUACAGCGAAGAGAGAGAGGCUUCGGGCUGGACGCGAAGAAGAUUGAUGACGUGCUUCACUUGUCCGCUUGACGAUGCGGUCUAUAAAACCACGCUCAAGAGUGCGCUGGCCGGUGACGAGACAAUGCAAGCGAAACUAUUCGACAUGUGGGUCAAGGCGCCCAAGAAGGAGAGACAAGCUGAGAUUAACAAGAUCGUCUUCAGCCGUGAAGGAGUCGACGGCAACAAGGCGUUUUUUGAAGCGUGGAACAAAUUCGAGGGAGCUGGUCGUGUGGGGCACGCAGUCCGCUACACGGGCCCGAAGUAG